AUGAAGCGCAUUCGCUUUUAUAAGGCGUACAUUUUUAUUGGAUUCAUCCUUGCCAUAGUGACAGUAUUUUUCACGACGCUGAGUUGGGCCGAUGGAGACAUCCAAAUUUCAAAUCACACAAUCGAUGUUUGCGCCGUCGAAGAUGAAACUACUAAGAGCCUCAGCCUCUCUGAAAUAAUCUACAAAAAGUACUUCAAGCCAAGAUAUGCGCAGUUUCACAACGGCACAUUAAUUUAUUUGCAACAGGAAGAACUUUGCAAUCUCAUCAUCCAGUACGUUUGCCAAGAGUACUACAAUAUAACUUGCAACGGGAAACUUCCUCAAACGAAAAUAUAG